AUGGAAGCGUACAUGGCAUGGACGUCCGACAACUUACGACGAGAGAUCAACAGGCGCAACCUGAAGCCUACACCAAUGCCCUCCAAGAAGGUCGAUCGAGCGAUUCUUUUGGUCGCUCACGAUGAGCGAAAAGCCCAGGUAGGGGCGAGUGGGUUGAUUGGAGCGGAAGAGGAGGAGGAGGAGGAGGAUCCGGACGAUAAUGACGAUGAAUUCCUCGAUGCGAAUGAAGAUGCCGGGUCGGAUCAUAAGAGCGAGGACGAAGUGGGGGCGGCAACAUACUCAGCUGAAGACGGAGAAGUAAGCAAUGACGACACGGAGCAAGACGCUGCUCCAACGUCAUCCCCGCACCCAAGUCAUGGCAAAAAGCGCAAGCAACCACAAGCAGGAUUGGAAGACCGCACCACCAAACGUCAGCACUACAACGACCCGCCUACGGGUGCAAUCCCCAAACCACCAUCACCGUCUCCACCAAAAUCACCGCCGCCAUCACCGUCUCCACCAAAAUCAUCACCGCCAUCACCGUCACGCCAGCAGCAAGACGCCGUCAUCGCGCUAGACCAAGAGAACUGGACCGCUCGCGCCGAACGUGCCUUGGGCCCUGUUGACCGCUCUUUCACCAACCUCAAUGCCUGGAUAAACGAUGUCGUUGGCUUAGGCAACCCUGCACCUAAGGACCCGACCCCAGGCCAGAUUGUUAGUGAGGUGGCUGAAGAUUUUGGACGCUGGGUCGGGCGGUGGGGUCGUGGGAUGGAUGCGAGAAUAGGGCUGGUGAAUAGAGAGGUCGAGGACAUGGCAGAUCACCAAGAUGAGAAAGUUGAAGGAGAUGGAGGGGCCGGCAAUGGCAAUGAGCUAUGA